UAUCUAAAAGAAUAUUCUAUUUAAUUAUAAAAGUUGCUAAUUUCCUAGUAGUACACUAGGAAAGCAGUUUCCUAAUAGUUCCCUAUCACGCUACCCCAUUUUGCCUCUCCAGGGGGUGCCAAUCUGUCAUAAGGCUUCCCCAUAUACGGCGCAUGCGUAACUAACAUAAUUUGGCGGGAAAAUAAAAUCGAUUAGCAAAUAUGUGAUACACUAGUUACAGUAGUCACAAAUUCUUAUCUCUAAUAAUUAAAAAUCCUGGCAGUUAAUAAAUUAAAACAAAUCCAACAAAAAGGCCAAAAUAAAAGCCCGUUUUGACGCCAAAAAGUUGAGGUUAUGUUUUGACAGCUGUUUUGUUUAUUGUGGCAAAAACACCCAGAGGAGUUCCAUAGUGUACCACAAAAUAACCAAUUGUAGCUUUCCGUACUCGAGUAUCGCAUCAAAAAAACAGUCAUAAAACGUUUCUACCAAUAUAUAAUGUACGCCCAAUCUGAAAUACACGCCUAGCUGGGUCUACAGCUCAGACUCCAAACAGAACCAAACAUUGCCAUUCAAUACCCCCUUGUCUGUAUCCUUUAUACCCUGGUUUGAUAGUAGAUUCGCAUCAAAAUGGUUCUCUCUCAUAGCAGUGAUUUAAAAGAGAGCGAAUUAAAGAAAUUACAUUUUGAAUUAUGCAGGAGACUGGAUGUGCAAUCUUCAACAGCUACAACGGCUUGGGAAACCUUCGAAAGCAUCAGCAAGAAAUAUGUCUUAGAGGGUGACAAAAUCCACUGGUUGGGAUGUGCAGUAUAUGCGGCUUCUCAAAGAUUUGAAUCCAACUCCUCUGGGAACAAUUUGUCUAAUGGCUCUGGUCUUAGUUUGACUAACCUUCUGAAACAUACUAGCCUAAGUUUAGUAAAAUUCUUCUCAAACAUCCUAAGAUGGGCUGACAUGGCCCAACUAUCAGAUGAUUUUCGUUCAAUUAUCAAUCAGUUAAGGAACAACUACAGCAUCACUUACAACACAUUCAAAAAGUUCCAUCCCUUAUAUAGUGAAAUAUUUGUAUCUCCUGUAAACCAUUUGCAAGAGUGGGAUAACUCGAGAUCUAUAUCAUGUACAUCUACCAAACUUUUCGAAUUUGUAUGGAACCUUUUCCUGGUACUAAAAUCAGAUGAUAAAGCUUGCAGUAGUGAACUAAUUAAGUCACAUUUGCUCUUAUAUUGCUGCCUUGAUUUGGCUUUGAUAAAUGUGGUGUCAGCUAAAAGGAUUGACUUAUUAAAUAGCAAUGUGGCUGAAGAAGUGUCCAACUGUAAUUCUGUAAAAGACUUACCAUGUUUGGUCAAGAGGUUUUGUAAGGAUGAAACGCUAACCAGAGACGGUUUACAUAUGAAAGUGUACACAUUCAAGCCAAUGCUGAACCGAUUAAUCGAUAGAGAGGAGGUGCUCACUGCUGAUAGGACUGAAUUUAUUGGUCUACUUGAAGCUAAAAAUUUCGAGAGGAAUUAUAAGAAUGUCAUGGUGGCUUAUGAGGAUCAGUUGGCGACACAAAACUGCAUCGACGAGAGAUUUUUUAUUGCGGAUUUUAAACGGAAAUUAAUUGAGAAGGAACAAGCUGAACAGAGUUGGACGCUUAUGAAAUCUUUGCCAGCAGCUGAUGGGUCAAUCUUAGAGUCACCAAAAGUUACAGGAACAAACAUCCCAAAAGGUCUCGACACCCCAUUGACCGGUAGAAAAUUCCUGGGUCCACGUGAAAACGACGGGGCAACCAGAUCUGUGUCGGAAAACAAGUCGAAGUUAUACGGAAUUAUCGGGGACAGACAGCCCGAACCUAGCGAAGCUCUAAAAAAUAUCUUCAGAUCGUGUCAACGAGAUCCCGUAACGAAAAUCGAGAACCUCCUUUCAAAAAUGAAAGUUCAAUUUAUCGACGGGUACACGUCCAAUGGGUUUUCCGAGGAGGACGCGCAGAAAAAGACCGAUUUGGCCGUUACGUUGUUUUACAAGUAUGUCGAGUUGAUUUUGAAGAAGGAGCAAAGCAUUACGAAAGAUAUUUCGGUUCUAGUAGAAAAAGAAGUGUUUUAUCAGUGCAUGUUCGCCUGUUGCCUUGAAAUCGUCUUGUACUGCUACAACUUUCCCAAGAAAUUCCCUUGGAUCCUGGACACGCUCAACGUCGAACCGAUGCACUUCUUUAAAGUAAUCGAACUAAUCGUCAGAGCCAAAGAUAAUCUGUUUAGGGAGCUGGUUAAGCAUUUAAAUAGAAUCGAGGAAACUGUCAUAGAAUCUCUGGCAUGGAGGAGCGACAGCCCGAUAUGGGAAGCGAUAAAAACCGUGGGACAAAUACCGAAGUUUGAAGAUAUCGCCCUGCCGGGACAUUUAUCUUAUGAAUCACAAAAUGAACAUAUGAUACAGUCUCCCGGACCUUUGUCCGCUUCCGAUUGCUUUCAGUCGCCGUUUUCGCAAAUGUGCCGGAAUAUAUUCCCAGGCAGUAUGACUUUGCAGUUUCCUAAAACAGAGGGUGAAACAGAAGAAGACGACAAGAACGAAACCCGAUCCAUAUUAAAAACCAACGGCCAUUCAGCCUCCAAGAAACCCGGAGGCAGUCUCUCCAUCAUCUUCAGAAAGUUCUAUAACUUGGCCGGGGUCAGAAUGCAACACCUAUGCUCCUACUUGGGCUUCGAAGAUGUCGCCCUAAAAAGAAAAAUCUGGACGAUAUUCGAAGACUCCAUCCGACACACCGACCUUAUCAAAGACAGACACCUGGACCAGCUCCUGAUGUGUGCAAUAUACGUUAUCUGUAAAGCCGGCAACAUCACAAACAUCCCCAAUCUGUUCGCGAUAAUUAUGAAAUAUUAUCGGCUACAGCCGCAGGCCUGCAGUUCCGUUUAUAGGGACGUGUUAAUUGAAAGAAAAACGAAAGAUGGUGAAACUGUAGAGGACGUUAGAAACGACUUGAUUCAGUUCUACAAUUCGGUUUACGUGAAGGCGAUGCAGAGUUACGCGGUCAGAUUUCAGCCGAAAUCGACUGCGAAUGUGUGGCUCAGCCCUUUGCCGGCCAAUAGGAAGAGUCUGGUGUCGCCUAACACGCAGGUUAUCGGCAAUGUGUUUGUUAAACCGCUGGAAUCGCCUGUGUCCCAAAGUGGACCCACUUAUAAUUAUUAUUUUAACAGGAGUCCCAGUAAGGAUUUGAUGAACAUCAAUAGAGCAAUAAACGGCAAUCCGAUCCAAGGCAAAAGACUUCUGAUAGAUGUAGAGGGAACAAUGCCAACGACCAAACGACUCUCGCACAGAAAAAUUCAAUCGCUGGUGGAAGAGAGGCAACGCCAGAAUAAUCUAGAAUAAAUAUUUCUUCAUAUAUUAUAAUUAUUAUCAUUAUGCUAUCCUUGUUUUCAUUAAUAAAAAAUUAAUAUAUUUAAGUAAAAUAGUGCACAUCUGAGUAUAGUUACAAUUAUUAUGGUAUUUGAUUAAUUUUAGUAAAAAUGUGGAGUAAUUGAUAGUAAUCAUUAGGUUUUUAACUUUGCAGGACCCGGCGGUCUCUAUUUUAAUAUGUUUUAACUUCUUUUUUUUGUGGAAAUUUCCCUUGAUUUUUCGCUUAUUCGCGGUCUGAGUUGCUCUUUAUUUUAUUUUAGCCGCUAAGCUUAGUCGUUUGUCAAAAUUCGAGAAACUUUUUUAGUUGAUAAUUCAAUUAUUGUUAAGGAUAUUGUCUCCUCCAAAUUGACCAAGUAGCUGUAUUGGUUUUUUUUUUUAUUGUGUCGAUAACGAUUGUUUCUUUAAAGUUCUUCAAUUUUCUUGUAGUUGAUCUCAUAUAACUCUAUUAAUAUAUUUUUUAUUUUAUCCUGA